AUGUACCUUAUACGGGCUCACAUAAUAAUGACAAUACAUCGUUUGUAUCGAGAUGUAUACGAAGGUCAAGUCGUCAAAUUAUCUGUACCAGAUUUGGAACCAUACACGACCAAUAUAAAUAAAAGUGAAUUAUUAAAAAAUAUAAUGUGGUUAGAGAGAAAUAUAGCCAGCCCAUCACCAGAUUUAAUACUAGGAAUUAAACGCUCGGUAUUGGUAUAUUGGUCUGACGAUUAUAACAAAUAUGUAUUUUCAUCUCGUCUAAAUACAAUAUUUUAUCGAAUUGAUAAUGAUGGUACACUUUUUGUAACGGCAAAUCCGGAUACUGUUGGUAAAGAAUUUAGUGUAAGAGUUGAAGAGCGUCGACGAUCCGGUAACGAUUUAUUCCAUAUAACAUAUCGAUUAGUGGUAUAUACUGUGUCAAAUGCCGCAUGCGAUAACUAUAUCAAUGUUUUCUCCGGUGUUCCAUUUCUUCUAACCUGUACGGUUGCUUUCCAAAUUUAUCCGUAUGAUACCGUUGACAUACAAUACAAUAUUGAACAUACUAUGAAACAUAACUGGUAUAAAAAAGAUAUGGAUGGAGUGAACUUUUUUAAUUCGAAUAAUGUUUUUCGUAAUAUAACUCGAAAACAAACGUGUGGCUCAUAUAUAAGUCAAUUGUCGCUGAAUUAUACACCAAGAUUAGAAGAAGAUCGAGCAUUAUUUACAUGUAUGCUUCUCAGAUAUAUUGCAAGCUUUUUGUUUCACGAUAUAAAUCGUUUAGGUGUUGCUGGAGCCCAAUUACUGGAGAGUAAUAUUGAUGUGUUAAUAAUGAGUGAAAGAAAUUCAUUUUAUUGUACGACUGAAUUACGUGUAUAUUUUGGUCCGAUAGUACGCUUAGACUAUGAAAAAUUUCAAGACACAAUUACUGUCAAAGAAGAUGAACGGGUGAGAGUCGGGUGUCCGUUUAUUUGUAGGCCACAAUGCUUGUACAAGUUUUUCCGUAAUGGUAAAUUAUGGAAUCGAUCACAUGCAUCUGUUCAUACUGAAGAAUUCCCCCAAAGUAGAGAAAAUUAUCGAAUUGAAUGUAUUGCACAACAUCCCUAUUUUGCUAUUCGAUGGGUUUCGAAAACGUUUGAAAUUAUCAUUUCACCAAGUAGCGAUGUUGCGAUUGGUUCACCUAAACUUCAUCGUCGUAGCUAUGGUAGUGGCGUGCCAACGAUAGAAUCCGUCGAUUCUAUAUCUGGAAUUCAUGCUGAAAUACCUCAGAUGAAAGAAUCUUCUCAACAUGCCAAUGACUCUAACGAGGAAUUUAAAAAAAUGAGGGAUAUCAAUAAAGUGUUUGCUGUGAACGUAUUAAAACAUAAAACACAAGUGAUAGGUUUAAAUCAUAAAUUGACGUGUCCGCUAUAUAGAAAAGCAAAUGAUGAAAUUAUCACAACUUUGUCAUUGUUUGUACCACAACACGAACAAGAACAACGAAUAGAUAAUACUAUUGAUGAAGCCGAUUUCACAAACAACAUCGAAAAUUCUAAAUCAGAUCGUAGUUCUCGAGUUCCAUCAAACGCGUCUAAAGAGACGCAUUUCGUCUCCGUACAAGAAAGUUCGUAUCGUCUUGCAUUAAAAGAAAAACAUCGCAAACCACAUGAAACUUUUCUUCAAUCUCGCGUUGAUCAAUUACCAACAAAAGUAUCUCGAAUACAACGAACUGGAAUAAAAGAUGUGAUCUCUAAUCAAACAUCAGAAACAACAAUUUCUUCAGUUUCAUCAACUGUAGCGUCCAUGGUCUCGAUUGUCCCAGAAGAAAGUGAGUUUAUUAUUCAUCCACAAAAACUAGACAUAUCGAAACACGGAAAAGAUUCAUUUGCUUCCUUUCUAAUAGCUCAAACAAAUUCAAGACUACGAAGAGGACGUUCAAACUAUCAUAUUCGGACUUGA